UUUCCGUUUUUGUUCCAUAGAGCUUUCUAUGUUGGAGUUUCGUCACUAGAAGUAGGUUUACCUGCUAAUCAGUGCUGCACUUUCCGAGGUAGCAUGGCAAAGCUAAAUGUUCGGACAGGCACCACCAUAUGGCGAACAUACACGCUACCUGAUAACGAAGGCCAAUUGGGAGGCUACUCAGGAGCUGCCAUUUGGGGAAGCAGCCCUGCUAUUGAUGUAACUAGGAGACUGGUUUUCGUCGGAACUGGGAACCUCUACACUGCUCCUCGAGAAGUGACCCAAUGCCAAGAAGCACAAAACAAUCAGACAACAAAACCAGCCCAGCCAGACCAGUGCAUCGGGCCAGAUAUCCACUUCGACUCAAUUUUGGCUAUCAAUAUCGAUACUGGAAGGAUUAAAUGGUCAACGAAACUGAGUGGCUAUGAUGUUUUAUACUUUGCAUGUUUGGUUCCUAACAACCCCGAUUGCCCUCCAGGACCUAAUCUGGAUGCAGAUUUUGGAGAGGCACCCAUGUUGCUUACCAUCACUGCUAACCGAACUAGACGUGACGUUGCAGUGGCUGUACAAAAGAGUGGCUUUGCCUGGGCUCUAGAUCGAGACAAUGGAUCUAUAGUCUGGUCUAAACUGGCAGGACCAGGUGGUUUGGAGGGAGGAGGGAUAUGGGGGGCAGCUACCGAUGAGAGGACAGUGUAUACGAACAUUGCCAACAGCAAUCGAGAGAGGUUCACACUGGCGCCGUCGAACCAGACAACAACAGUAGGAGCAUGGGUAGCACUGGAUGCAAACUCAGGCCAAAUAUUGUGGUCCACAGCAAACCCCAGCAACGAAGCUGCUCAAGGACCCGUAACAAUAGUAAAUGAUGUACUUUUUGCAGGAUCGGUGGCUCCCAACGGCCCCAUAUAUGCAAUGGAUGCCAAAACUGGCAGUAUUCUUUGGUCAUACGACACCGGUGCGACUGUAUAUGGCGGUGUAUCAGCAAGUUACGGGUGUAUCUAUCUUGGAAAUGGUUAUUCAAUUGGCCUGGCAAGGUUCCACCCUUCUUGGACUGGUGGAACUUCACUCUAUGCUUUCUGCGUUGCCUAAUUAGUGGCAGCUCGAUCGAUCGACCUUGGCGAUAUGAACGAACCUAAUAAAACUAUCAUCUUACUUAUCUCCGUUGUCUCUAUUCCCCCAGUGCUGAAAUAAUAUUUGUCUUUUUAAAUUGAGACAAUAAUCAAAAGCUGCGUACUUUAUAUGAUAAGUAACG